CUAUUUAUUCCACAGUGCAUUUUCACAAUUCUCUCCGCUUUGUACGAGCCGGCGCCUUUGAUUAUCUCUGUCCUCUGUCUGUCUGUCUAGGAUCUUUCCCUUUCUUCCAUACACACUCCAUAUGCAUAUAGAGAGAGAGAGAGAGAAAUAUAUAGUACUCUGUUGUAGAACAACAGUUUCGUUGUAGCCAAUCUAAUACAGACACAGCUUCUUUUUUUUCAGCUGUGGAUUCAUUCACGGAUGAAUCGCGUUAUUAUCGGACUAAUUGAAUUCAAGGCCUGAGAUUUUAAUGCAUAUGUCGGUCAAAUGAAAUAUCGGAUAUGCAUGCAUUUAUUGCCGUUUGUUGCCAGACUGUAGAAACUCAAAUUUGCCUAUGAAGGCAUCCAAAUCAUGGCAUUCGUUGUUGAAGAAAGGACAUUUUUCAUUUGAGGUGGGAGUAUGUGGUGCAAAGAUGAAUCAGCUGCCGUUUAUGGGAGUUGUCUGUACAGUAAUGUUAUUCAUUGUGUAUAGGACCACAAAUUAUCAGUAUCAACAGACAGAAAUCGAAUCAAAAUUGCACCCCUUCUACACAUCAAAGGAUGGGAGCAGGGCUGCCUCAAGCUUAAAUAGUUUACCCCGUGGAAUCAUCGAACCAAGGUCAGAUCUGGAGUUAAAGCCUCUGUGGACUACUAGCAGUUCUAAGUCACAGGUUAACGUUGGAAGUUCUCAUAAUUUGUUAGCAAUACCAGUUGGAAUUAGGCAAAAGAAGAAUGUUGAUACUAUAGUUCAAAAGUUUCUUUCAGAGAAAUUUACAGUUAUUUUAUUCCAUUAUGAUGGCAAUGUAAAUGGAUGGAGGGACUUGGAAUGGAGCAAGGAAGCUAUACAUAUUGUUGCUCACAACCAAACGAAGUGGUGGUUCGCAAAGCGCUUUUUACAUCCGGCUGUUGUGUCUAUUUACGAUUACAUAUUCCUGUGGGAUGAAGAUUUGGGGGUGGAUAAUUUCCAUCCCGGAAGGUACCUGGAAAUUGUAAGAUCAGAAGGACUGGAGAUAUCUCAGCCAGCUUUGGACCCAAAUUCAACUGGUAUACAUCACAGGAUUACAAUAAGAAAUAGAAUGCAUAAAUUCCACAGAAGAGUAUAUGACGUCAGAGGAAGUGUUAAAUGUUCAGAUGAUAGUGAAGGGCCUCCUUGCACUGGAUUUGUAGAAGGAAUGGCUCCUGUAUUUUCAAAAUCUGCAUGGGAUUGUGCCUGGCAUUUGAUACAGAAUGAUCUUGUUCAUGGAUGGGGGAUGGACAUGAAACUCGGCUACUGUGCUCAGGGUGACCGCACAAAGAAGGUGGGAGUAGUUGAUAGUGAAUAUAUUGUUCAUCAGAGUAUACAAACUCUUGGUGGGGCUUCUGCAAAGAAGGGUUCAAGUCGCCAAAAAUAUGUGAAGAGACAUGGCGUUGAUGUGCGAUUGGAGAUUCGGAAGCAAUCAACAACAGAACUUCAAAUAUUCAAAGAGAGGUGGGAACAAGCCAUAAAAGAGGACAGGAACUGGGCAGAUCCAUUUUCAGGAAGGCGUAGACGCAGCCGUAAGUUGAAGGUUUAACUCGACGGUAGUUGACACCCAUUUUGUACUUAUAGGCUAAU